ACCAAAGGGGCUGGGCCCUGCCCACAUGCCCGGCCUCUGGGGGUGCUGGGAGCACAGCACCAGGGGAGCCCAAUCCUGCUUCCAAGGCCCAGAGACUUCCAGACACCCCCCAAAGGCACCUCUGUGCUGCUGGGGGCGGGAGGGGGGCAGGUUACAAAGGGGAUGGUGUAGGAGACCCAGACCUCUUGGCAAGCUGCUGGCUGCCCUGUCCCUCUGACCCAGGGGAUCCCCGGUCACCCAUGGUGACAUCCAAUGUCGCUGAAGUCAUUGUAGCAUCAUAAUGUCCCCUAAUGAUGUCAUGGUGCCCCCCCACCCCCAGUCAUUCCCAGGAGGCUGCAGGGUGGGAUUGUACAUGCUGCGAGCAGCUGAAGGAUGACCUGCGCUGCCUGCCAUAAGCAGGCCUGGGGCUGCGGCUAUGCCCAGCUGCGUCCCCUCCGGCCCAUCCGGGUAUGGGGAGAUCAAGGAGCCGCCAGCAAGCAGGGCCAGGUGCUGGGCUGGGGCCAAGCCUCUGACCUGCCCCUUCUCUGCUCUCUUUCCUCACCCCUGCAAGCUACCCCCUCCAGUGCCUCUGGUCCCGGCAGCCCAGAAGCCCCUGAGCCAACAGGACUGGUACCACGGCUCCAUCCCCCGGCAGGAGGCCCUGGCCCUGCUGGCAGGUGAGGGCGACUUCUUGGUGAGGGAAAGCCAAGGACAGCCGGACAAGUGUGUCCUAUCCCUGAUGGCUGGAGGGCAGUGUCGACACUUCAUCAUCCAGAGCUGCAAUGGCCAGUACUGCUUGGACCCCAUGGGUGCUGCCGCUCCCAGCAUCCCUGCCCUGAUCCAUCUCUACCUGCAGUCGCACCAGGGGCUCACCCAGAAGUGCCCCUUUCUCCUGCGCCAGCCUGUGAUCAAGGCGAAAUGGGACCUGGGCCUGGAGGACGUGGUGCUAGGGGAGCUGCUGGGCUGCGUGAGUGAAGCCGCAAUGCCCCAGCCGGGUUCUCCAUAA